AUGGAUUGGUAUAAUAAUAAUUCAAAUAAUAUCAGUAGAAAUAGUAGUCAAAGUAAUCUAAGAUCAAAGAAAAAUUCAACGGUACCAAAUUAUGGACCUUUUAAUUAUCCUAUAAUGUCGGCAGCUGGAAGUUCAUCAUCAUCAAGUUCAAAUACAAUAAAUGUUAAUAAUGGCCUACCUUUACAUCAAUCAAAUCUACCAAUAAAUUCACCUUAUAAUAAUCAACAAAAACCACAAUUUCCUAAAAGUUUAAGUCCAAUUAUUUCAAAUCUGUCCCAAACUUCACCAUCAAUGACACCAUCUAAUUCAGGUAAUUUUCAAAUACCGAUUGAAAGAACUUCAUAUUAUUAUAGUUUAAAUCCAUUAUUUGCAUCUGAUUGGGUAUAUUUACAAAAUCAGCAAAUGGAUUAUAUUGCCUUGGGUUCGUAUAAAGAAGCAUUUACGAAUAAAUUGGAAAUCGUCCACGGUAUAAAUUAUGAAAAUGAGAAAUUGGAUCAAUUUAAUAAUAUGAUUGAUGUACAAGUGAGCGGUGGUAGCGUAGGGUCAGAUAAUACUAUACAGCCGUAUGAUGAAGAUGAUAAUGCAAAUGGAUUUUUCUUUCAAAAAGUCUGUGAAACAAAUUUAGAUUAUCCAAUAACCAAUUUACAAUGGGACCCAUCUAUGAUAAAUUAUGGACAUGGAGAAAGAUUGGCUGCUUCAAGUGAGGUGUUAAGAUUGUAUAAAAUAAAUGACCAAGGUAAUGAUAAUUAUAAUUUACAACAAACACAUAUAUUAGCAAAUAACACAGCAUCAAAUUCCACAACUUCAACAACAAAUUCAAGUUCGAAUUUAUUAAGUGAAGAUAUAAAUACGUAUCCUCCAGUCACAUCAUUUGAUUGGAAUAAAUUAGAUUCAAAUAUUUUAAUAACUUCAAGUGUAGAUACAACUUGCACAGUAUGGGAUUUACAUCGAUCACAUCCAAGAGAUGAAAUGACAGAUACUGCAACGGUUAAAACACAAUUAAUAGCACAUGACUCAGAAGUUUUUGAUGUCAAAUUUUUACAUAAAUCAACAAAUAUAUUUGCUUCUGUUGGAAAUGAUGGUUCAAUGAGAGUAUUUGAUUUGAGAUCGUUGGAACAUUCAACUAUUAUAUAUGAACCAACGCCACCAACAUCAACCACUUCAUCUAAUCAGAACUUGAGCACUACGUUCAAUUCAAAAGCAUUAUUAACUUUAAGUACUUCAAAUAUCGAUCAACAUCAUUUAGCCACUGUUGGAAUAAAUUCAAAUCAAAUCAUAAUCAUAGACAUGAGAAUGCCUGGCUUACCAGUUGCAAUAAUUGAUGGGUCAUUGAAUGGAAUGAAUAAUGCAGCUAUAAAUCUGAUUAAGUAUCAUCCAACCUCAAAUUAUUUAGUUUCUGGGGGUGAUGAUUGUCAAAGUUUAGUAUGGGAUUUAACUAAUCUAAGUAAAGGUAAUGAUAAAAAUCAAUCUGGAUUUGUCAUUGAUACUCCAGUGCUUGCAUAUGAAGAAGAUUUAGAAAUAAAUAAUGUAUGUUGGAGACAAAAUCAAGGUGAUUAUAUGGGUAUAGUGAGUGGUAAAGGAUUUCAAGCUGUAUCAAUAUAUGAUAUUUAA